ACAGACGUCACAACGACAUUGACCAAUCGUUAAGUUGUACAUAUAACCUUGCAAGAGCAGCAGGACUGUGGGACUGGGAAGCGAGCUACACAAGGGAUUAUAAUGCUUUAGAAAAACUCGAUCAUGUUGUAUUAUAUUCGUAAAUGCUAACGGCUCGUGUCACCGUAGCUGCCUUUUGGUGAACCCCCCCCAUAGCCAGCCAUCGACACACCCGGGGGGUGGGAGGGACGGACAUGGUCCCUGCAGCUUGAGGGAAAGAGGGAGAGGAGCACACUCCUGUUAAGCCAGAAAGCGUACAACUGUCUGUGGGAGGGAGGUGGGAGGAAAGGGAACGAAGGAAAAGCAUGUCCUACAGCAAUAGGGAGCUGGUAGAGUACUUUGUCAGCUAUAAGCUGGCCCAGAAGAAUUACCCCAUUGCCCACAUCCUACAGGACGAAGCUAACGAGCAGACUGAGCAGUCAGGGGGAGGUGAGGGUGAAGCAGGAGGCGCCGUGGCUCAUGCCAAUGGAUCGGUCAGUAGCAGGCACUCUGCGGGCCAGGGCGCACCCCCCCAGGGCCUGGAGGCGGUGAAGGAGGCGCUGCGACUCUCAGCCAACGAAUUUGAGUUCCGGUACCAGCGUGCCUUCAGCGACCUGUCGUCACAGCUGCAUAUCACUCCGGCCACAGCCUACCAGAGCUUCGAGAGCGUCAUGAACGAGGUUUUCCGGGACGGUGUCAACUGGGGCCGAGUGGUGGGCCUCUUCGCCUUUGGUGGCGCCCUGUGCGUGGAAUGUGUCGAGAAGGAGAUGAGCCCGCUGGUGGGCCACAUUGUGGACUGGAUGACCGUCUACUUGGACAACCAUAUCCAACCCUGGAUUCAAACCCAAGGAGGAUGGGAUCGCUUUGCUGAGAUCUUCGGCAACGACGCGGCCGCCGAAAGCCGCCGCUCUCAGGAGAGGUUCCAGCAGUGGCUGCCGGCAGCAUUGGCACUGGUCACGGGAGCGCUGGUCGGCUUCCUCAUCGCCAAGAAACGCCAGUGAGGUGGUCGGCGGCCAGGAGCGGUACCUGCUGGUUCGAUCCUCCACUGUCGUGGUGACGUUCAUUCCUGGACCGCCACUGCGGCUGUUGUCACUGGCAGGUCGUACCCUUCUGUUAUCCAAACUGUCAUCCCUCACCACCAUCACUAAAC